AUGCAACUACCUGGUCUUUGUGGCCUUUCAGCCUGCCAAGUGAUCUCGUCCCAGAUGAAAUGGUGGCUAACGUCACCAUUUUUGUCACGAGUGAGGUGGCAUGUCUUGCUGGACUGUGUGAACGUUUGGCUUUUCCACUUUCUGGCCACACACCCUUCUUGCGGCCUUUGCUAUGGAGUGGAUGGUAAGAGGGGUCUAAGCAUUUUUGCAAUUUGCUGCCGCAUCUUUUUUUGGUUCAACAAGCUCAUGGGCUUCACAAUCACCAAGACGCACCUUACAAUGUUGGAGAGGGCCUUUGAGCGCUCCUUAGGAGUGCAAUUCCUCGAGUUUCUAUUUUUGCUCUUUGGUCUCUCCAUCUUGGUGGCCAGCGUCGCAUUUGUUGGCGCUCAUGUGGCGCCACAUUUGCGCGUUCUCAUUCUCGUUGUCAUGGUGAUCGAAUCUGUAGUCGUUCUCUCUUGCCUUUCUGUGGCCACUUUGAUGACCUAUGUAUUUUGGUCAGCUCACAGUUAUGCUAAGCUCGAAGCUGCUGAAUCCAAACGGCCCGCAGACGCUGAGCUGGCCUUGAAGGCCGUCCAUUUCUCGAAGAGAAUGAGGUGGGAAGCACCAUUGAAUUUCACAUUGGUUGCAAUCGCAUUUGCUCUUCAUGUUCUAUGGCUGUGCCAGCUCCACUGGGCAGACCAAGAGCACAUCCACACACUACCCGGGAUGGGUUUCCUCUUCGCAGCUUGUUUGGCCCUCGCCAACUGCGCCCGCUUUGCAAACCUCCUUUCGUUGGUGGAAUUCAGCCCGCAAAAGCCAAAGCACUGGCGGUCGAUGUCUAUGACCUUUUUCCGGACCUUGAGCAACGGGAGCAUCAUUUCUCCAAAGGGCGCGUUUAUACUUUUGCACAUUGCUCACCCUCAAUGUGGGUACGUGAUACACUUGCUUUCCAUACAUGCGAGAGACCUCUAA